AUGACCAAACUUCGUGUCUCUACCCUGGACAACCAUAUUGAUAGCAUGACAGGCGAUUUGCGGGAUAGACAUCGUCGUCGAUGCAUCAAGAACAUCGGCCAGGAACGCCAAUCCAAGCGCAAGUCUUGUGACGCGUGUGCUCAGAAGAAGCUGCGUUGUUCCAUGACUCGUCCUUCCUGUAGUCGAUGUCUACAAAGUCGAAGACCCUGCGUCUUCCCAGCAUCCUGUGUCCCUGUAACAUCAUUGGAGUCUGUCAUAUCCCAGGCGAAUCCUGAGCUGGCUACCACAUCACCCCUCACCUCCCUCUAUGUUCCUCUGACUCUAACUCCGGGGAACGAGCUGUGGGCGCCCUCAGCGCCGCCUUUCGAAACUUCAUCCAACCCUGACGAUACAUCAAGGACAUCAUGGAGUCCCUCAACUUCUUCCAACGUGGAAUUGUUGUUCCAUGGUCACAGUGACAGUACUGUGUUUUCGAAUCAAGGUCACUGGCCCUAUGGAUCACCAUCCGGCUCUGAUUACUUCACUACACAGCCCGACCACCAGACGCAUGAUCACCUGCCUGGCAUGAUUGAUGACUACUUUGGGUCCCCAUCACAGCUGCCGUAUCACUCGCAGCACGGAACUACCGCAUCGUCACCCUCGGCGAUGAUGCCACCGACGCCAGCAACAUAUUCAGGCGACUCGUGCUCGUUGCACAAUGGGCUAACGAUGGCAUCACUCUCAUCCGCCUAUACGGAAUAUGCUUGGAGUGAGGGAGUAUCAGCUUACGAUGAUGAUGAGCUCUUACCUUUGACUGCAUAUCCAGAGGCAGUGUCUGGUGCGGUAUUUGGUGAAAAUUUUAUGUCUAAAGGGAGUACUGCAUCCAGUAACACUGCUGGUAAUGUGAUUCAGGCGAUGGUCAGCUUACUGAGAGAAUAUCCUGGGGUUGCACUGCAGCAGAAGCUGAACUCUCCAUUUCUACAUCCCGAGUUGCAUGCUGAGGCCAUGAAAACCUUAAGAGAGCCUCCGGAAAGUACACUAGCCAUUCUGUCAGCCUUUGUCACCUAUGUGGAAUCUUACGAGAUGGCUCACGGCGGGACUCGUGAUUUCGACCAUUUCGGCCAAGGGUUGGAGAGUUGCAUUACUCCUCUCCACACCCUUUGUGUUAACCAGAUACUAGAUCUGUUUGACGAGACUCAUCUCUUGAAAAAUGGACCACGGGAGGUUACAUCCACUCCGGUCCUCCAGUCGCUCAAUAAGUUAAUCCAGCGGCUAUGCAUUGUCUACGGGGGUCUUCUCCGCGCCGCUCACGAGGAUGAAACAGACUGGGGGCGUUGGAAAUUCGGGGAAUCCCUGCGCCGAAAUAUCUACCUGGCGCACAUCAUCCAGACCUUGGCGGUCAAGACUCAACUCAAUGGUCAGUCCCCGCAUAUUGGAGGGGUUUUCUGUGUCCACCCUCUCCUGCAAGAUGAGACACUGCUGCAAUUACCUUUGCCCGCGCCGGAAGAGAUGUGGCUGGCGCGCAGCGAGGAGGAGUGGAUAAUCGCACGCACGCAAUCCCUCCGGUCCUGGAUGGGAACCCUGAACGGCACCAUGCUUCCCAAUCCUCGGACGCUGCAGCAGUGGUUGAUGUUGGACGAGGUGGGCAGUAUCAGCGUGUCAUCGUUGCCGCCCAUCACCCGAAUGAUCCUGGCCUGCAUUAGGCUCAACAACGACCUGACAGUAGCAGUAUGA